AUGACACCCGCACCCGCGUACGAUGCGCCGGCCGACUCGCCCAUCUACGCCAACAAACAACUCUACACCCGCAUCGCCGACUGCCCCUCGCGCACCCUCACUCACUCAUCCCUCAUCCGCCCUCGAUCCGCGCACGCCUGGACCGUCCGCGCAGGCCAGGUAUGCCGCAUAACCGCCCCCCAAGGCGCCCAAGUAGGCGACCUCAACAUCUGGAACAGCCAUAACCCGCGCGAACGCUUCUGGGCGUCUCGAACCCGCCAACUCCACCAAUCCCACGUCUCAACCUUCGACCGUCUCUGGUCAUGUCUGCCCUACAUGCGGCCCCUAGUCACCAUCACAGCCGACACGCUCGUCAAUUACGGCGUAGACGAGUUCGGCGGCCGCAUCCACGAUCUACUAGGCACCCGCUGCGAUCCAUACAUUCACCAUCUGAUGACAGGCGAAUCCGAUGAUUUCCACUGCCACUCUAACCUCACCCGUGCCGUGGCGGAGUAUGGCCUGGCAGAGAGCGACGUACAUGAUGUGCUCAACGUAUUCCAGGUGACGGGCCUAGAUGAAAAGGGACGGUACUUCAUGGCCACCAGCCCGGCGAAAGUGGGUGAUUAUUUCGAGUUCUUUGCUGAGCAAGACGUGUUGUGUGCUUUGUCGGUGUGUUCGGGCGGGGAUCUGUCGCAGUGGGGGUGGAAGGGGAGUGAGGAGAUGGGAGAUACGACGAAGCCGUUGGGCGUAGAGGUUUAUACUAUCGAUGACGCUACGGUGUUGGAAGGGUGGAAGGCGCCUGAGCCGUCGGGGUAUAGGGGGUUACAUGGUCUUCGCAUGCCCGUGAGAGAGGAGGACGGUUUGGCUGGUGUAUAG